AUGUUAUCACAACGAGAGUACGAAAAGCUUAAAUGGCAAUUAAAGAAUAUUCCAUCAACAAUUAAAGGACGUCCACGACAAAAUCUUCGAACAGCACUCCGAAAAAAAAUACACGAACAUGAAUUAGCAUCAACAUAUCCAACAUUUACACCAUCAAAUUUCCAACCAUUUUUUAUAAAUUUUCAAACAACUGAUUUAACACUUCUUCAUCUUAUUGAAGCUUGUGCAGCUUCAACAAAUUUUAUUUUGGAUACAGAAUCAGUUGGUAUUUAUCGAGGUCCAAACAAACCCGCACUUAUUCAGAUUCAAAUCAUAUUACCAACUUCGAUUUCUUAUGUAUUGAUCAUUGAAGUUUGUCAUUUACCACCUAUUCAUGAAACAACAUUCCAACUUAUUAAACAAUUUUUUACAACAUUGUUUUCUUCAGGAAAAACAAUUUAUAUUUGGGGAGAAAUUGAUGAAUUAAAUGAUUUUACUACAACUGGACUAUUUACUCUUGAUCAAAUUAAACUAUCAAAUAAUAACAAUUUUCAAGAUGAAUUUAAAGAUUAUUGGACCAAGAAACAUCCUCAUCAAACCAUACUAUGGGCUAUUUAA